UUCAAGAGGUGUCAAGAUAAUAUCCAAAGUUACAAUGGCUGGUGAAGAUAUAUUUAAUCCCAACGAGCAUUUGGAAAUACCAAAUUGGAUCACUGCCGAGUAUUUUGAAAAGAUUCUGAAGAAAAACGAACCUGAAUAUGAGGAGAUAUUGAGUUUCACGCCGGUGGCUGCCAUUCCACCGGGCGAGAAUUUCACCUCAACUAUGCUAAGAAUUUACAUUGAUCUUCGGAUGAAAGAUGGCAGUACCAAGCACAAAACCUAUGUUUUCAAAACAAUGCUGGCGGAGGAGCGAGGUGGAAAAGAAAUCCGUGAGGCUGGCAUCUUUCAGAAGGAGCUGAUGAUGUACCAAACAUACCUUCCCGCCUUUGAGGAGCUUUACCGAGCCGCUGGGCAGAACAUUCAGCUGGCUCCCAAGUGCCUGCACAUAGAGGAGCGUAACAAUGAUAUCCACUUUGUGUUUGAGGAUCUGGCGGUGAAGAAGUUCAAGAACGUCGAUCGCAUUAAAGGCCUGGAUAGAAAGCACAUGGACCGAUUCUUUCAGAAGCUGGCAGAGUUCCAUGCGGUGGCGGCCGUGUAUGCGGAGCAAAAGGGACCCUUCCCCGAGGAGUUUGAAGAGGGCUUCAUUGGGAAAAAUAACAUCAAGGAAAACGAAGAGGGCUUCCUCGUGAAGGCCAGAACUUACCACAAAGCCAUGGCUGGUUGGGGCAUGGAAGAUGCGGAGAAGUACAUCAAAAGUUUUCCAACGGUCGACCAGUACACCAAAAUGUGUCAAAUUAAUCUGGAGGUGGAUACUUCGGCCUUUAACACACUCACCCACGGAGAUUUCUGGUCCAGCAAUCUGAUGAGUAGCUACCUUCCGAAUGGACAAAUCGAUGAGGUCGUUAUGCUCGACUUCCAAAUAUGCAAGUGGGGAAGUCCUGCCCAGGACUUGCUGUUCUUUAUCACCCUCUCCGCUGCCAAGGACAUCAAGCUGAAGGAGUUCGACCAGUUCGUAAGAGUUUAUUGGGAGAGACUGGUCGAGUGCCUAAAGCUUUUGAAAUACCAGAAGCCUCUGCCCAAGCUGCGGGAUUUGCACACCUCCUUGUACAAAGAGAACAACACUGUUUACCCCUUUAUAGCCGUUUUCAACCAUCUUCCUGCGAUCCAGUUUCCAGCCGACAAGGACUCCAACAUUCACUCCUUGAUGAGGGACGACGAGGAGGGCGACAGGUUGAGAUUGCGCAUGUUCACAAAUCCCAGUUUUACGGAAAUAAUGAGGGAGCUCUAUCCCUUUUACUAUAAUCGCGGAAUCUUUAACUUUAGUGACUUUUAG